CACACGUGUAUCCUUGCGCGAAGUCCGAAGCAAUUUCAUAAAUUAUAUUGUCUCGUUUGUGCUCGCCACGCGUACAGUUUAAAUGUCAUAGUCUUUCUUCAGGUAAGACUUUCAUGCUACAGCGCUUGCAUUUGGAAAUUGACAGUGAGAAUUGUGACAGAAUAAAGCCGCUAACUCUGCCGUCAGCUCGCUCAGGGCUGUUUCAAUACAUUUACCAUAAUGGUCGGAAUACGUGUGCACUCCAAAUGACGGCUCGCCACCAGACCGCAGUUCAUAACAAGGCAGAGCACCACCGAUAAACGCAUAACAGUUGCUGGCCAAAACUAACAGCUUCGAUUUGACAGUAUACUAAGCUAACACGUUACCAGUUUGACAUCUUAACGAGGCGUUAGCUCCCGCUUGGUUGAUGUUUGCUUAACUGUUUCUGAUAUAAUUUGAAGGUGCCAUGUUGUGUGACGUUUACCGAGAAAACGAAACCUAACAGCGGGUGAGGCUGAAUGGAAGCUGGGCCCAGACGUUCAAAGACAUGGAAGCAGAGUUGAGAUGAAAAUGGAAAACAUGUCAAUUGCACUUUGUUCUCUUAUUUGCUUUUAAUUUUAGUUGACAUUCCGACCGUUGAGUACGUUUAUAAUGGAAACGGUAAACUACGUAGCUAAACUAAACGAGUAUGCACAGAGAACACGCACGGACCUGAUAUUCGAGGACGUUGGAUCUGUUGGCCCUGACCACAUUAAAACAUUCACUCUUAGAGCAGUCCUAAAUGGUAAGGUGUAUCCUGAUGGUGUGGGGAGGAGCAAGAAGGAAGCCAGACAGAAUGCAGCUAAAAAUGCCCUGAAAAGCUUGGAGGAGGAACCACUUUACUCUACAGAAAAUGCAACAGAAGUGUCUCCUGCACCAGUUCAUCAGACCAGUGUCCGUAACAUCAACUAUAUAUGCUGGCUCAAUGAAUAUGGCCAGAAAAAGAAGGUGACUAUAAGGGCUGUGGAGUCAACAAGACUGGGUCCAAAUAUCGGCACUCAAUGCUGUAGCUUUGUGGUUGGUGAUAAGGAGUAUCCACCUGCCUACGGGAAAACAAAGAGGGAAGCCAAGGAGGAAGCAGCCAAGCUUGUAUAUUAUGAUAUACAUGAAACGACAUGUGGCAGUAAAACUACAGAGACUGGCAAGGAGAAAUACAGCAUUGCAGUGUUAAGCCAACCAGAGCAAGAAUUGAAACAAAAUGUGUCAGACAUCUGUGAUAAGACCAAGAGAUUGAGCGUGAGAUCAACAGACGAAGGUUUUACAGAUACAAAUUUCGUAGGACUUGUCAACCAUUACUGUCAGGCCACAAAGCGCUCCCAGGAUUACGUCCUAGUGAAUAGAUGCGGUCCACCACAUAACACACAAUUUUUCUACAAGUUGGUGAUCAACGAUAAGGACUACCCUGUGGGUGAGGGUAAGAGCAUCAAGGAAGCCAAACAAAAUGCAGCUCGGUUGGCGUGGUCUGCUCUUCAAGAGCAAUCAGACUGGAACAGCAAGUUGUCUUUCUUGUCAGCUGUGUCUGAUGCUUCACCAGCCAGGCUGUCCACACCACCAAGCAUACCGGACAGAAAAUCCGAAUGCGUGCCAGCUACUACAGGUGACUCAGUGGUUUUCACCAAUUCAUCAAAUCCUCCCAAAGAUCAGAUUCAAAGUCCUGAUGUGAAGCCCAAAAUAAGAAUUGCAGCAAAUUUCCCAAACGCCAAACGAAACAGCAAAGAGGACAUAAUGCCUAAUUUCAAUGGCAAGAAUCCAGUAAAUAUUCAGAGUGGAAAAACGACAAACAAGUCAGUGAUCUCCAGCAGGUUUACAUCAGAAUAUGACUCUAUAGUGUGCCUUGGCAAAGGAGCCUUUGGUCAUGUUUUCAAGGCAAAGCAAAAACUCCUUCAAAGGAAUUAUGCUAUAAAGAUUGUCCGCUGCAAAGAGAAAUCACUACGAGAGGUGAUGGCGUUAUCAGACCUGCAGCACUGCAACAUUGUUCGAUACUACACCUGUUGGUUGGAGGAUUCAGGAUACGAAAGGGACAGCGCAGCUGACAGUUGCAGCAGUUCGCAGUCGACUGAUAAUUCAUCUGUAAAGUACCUCUAUAUUCAGAUGGAGUUGUGUGACACCAAAACGCUUAGAGUGUGGAUAGAUGAGAAGAAUAUUCAGAAUGUAAAGAAAUCUCUGCGAAACACCAAGAGAAGAGAAGAAAGUCUAACCAUUGCUCAGCAAAUAGUCAGUGGGGUCGAAUACAUCCACUCCAAGAUGCUCAUCCACAGAGACCUGAAGCCUGCCAACAUCAUGUUUGGACUGGAUGGGGAAGUGAAGAUUGGAGACUUUGGCCUGGUCACUGCUGAGAAUGACGAUGCUGAGAACGUGAUCGAGAGAACUGUGUACAAAGGAACCCCAUCUUACAUGGCUCCUGAGCAAAGGAGCGGGAACAAAAUAUAUGACCGAAAAGUGGAUAUAUUUGCUUUGGGAUUGAUAUAUUUUGAACUCCUUUGGAACCUCUCUACCAGCCACGAAAGGAAAGCUAUUUGGGAUGAUGCCAGAAACCAGAAACUUCCUCAAGGAUUCUCACACAAUUUUUCUUUGGAGGACCGAAUUAUAAAGUCCACACUGUGUAUGAAGCCAGAAGACCGACCUGAAGCAAGUAAACUAAAGAUGGACUUGGAAGAGUGCAGUCAUACACUUACGCUUAAAGAAAUGCGUUGUGAAAGUAGGACUAUCUGAUUAUUGCAGGGAAAUUCUUGAACAAUAGGCGAAAGCAUCAGUCAUCACAAGCAUGACUGUUUAUUCCGCAGUCUGUUCCAUAGUACUUGUACUUGGACGUUUUUGAAUGCCAUGGGAAGUGUCUUCAUGAACUGAUAGUGCAAAAUGUAUCAUAAUUGGUACUUGAUGGGAAGAGACACAACCUCGUGCAUUUUAUAAUCAAGGAAUGCAACAUUCACUUUUAACAAAUAAUGUCCUGGAUAAUUACUUUGUCAGCGGGUAUUGAAAUGUGUUCAAGGUGAUGUCACAUUACACCCUUUGCUUUGUAAUGAAUAGCAUGAGUUGGAAAAUUAAACAAAGGGUGUGAUGUUCAUUAA